AUGACAUUCGUUUCCCCGAAGUGUUCCUCGUUGAGCGAGCCAGUUGAAGUUUGUGUACCCAUGGGCGUUCGUGUUUGGCUGAUAGUUUUCGUUUCUCUUCCCGCAGAUAGAUUUCUAACGGCGAAGCUCAAGUGCCGCGAGCUCCGGUCGAAAAAGAAGGAAGAGCUGCAAAAGCAGUUGGAGGACCUCAAGACUGAGUUGAUGUCUUUGCGAGUAGCCAAAGUGACCGGUGGCACUGCGUCGAAGUUGGCCAAGAUUCGCACGGUGCGUAAGUCCAUCGCCCGCAUCUACAUCGUGAUGAACACGAUGCAAAAAGAGAACCUGCGGAAGUUUUACUCCAAGAAGAAGUUCAAGCCUUUGGACCUUCGUCCCAAGCUUACCCGUGCGAAGCGUCGCGAAUUAACGAAGUCCGAGAAGUCUUUGAAGACACGCAAGGAGCGCCGUAAGCUGAGCCUGUAUCCCCAGAGGAAGUUCGCUCUGAAACUUUGAAUUCGCCUUCUAUCGAGAGUUGAAGUAAAAGUGGCUCCGAUGAUUUAACGUGGUUUAUGGAGUUUCAUCUCGGAAAUCAGG